GCGCAAUGCAAUCACUACUGUAGUGGCAAGUGGCAACCGACGCCAUUUUGUAAGCGUCGGAAUUGUUUGAGAAACGCUCUCGGGAAGCUAGUGUUUUUAACACGGUAGUACGAACUUAAAUUUCGUUCAAACUUUGAAAACAAAACGCCGGUAUGGGAGAUUACCAAGUGGCUGGUGUACAACAGGAUGCUUUGGGAGCCGUUCAAUUGGAACUCGGCGGAAAUCCAAAUGCUUUAGCAUUACGCCGGCCUUUUGAUCCCUUGGCUCACGACUUGGAUGCAGCAUUCAGAUUAACGCGUUUCGCGGAUUUAAAAGGCCGCGGGUGCAAGGUACCUCAAGAAGUCUUAAAUAAACUUGUCGAGGGUCUCCAGCAGGAUUACAACAGCGGUGGAGAUCAUGAACAUCACUUUAUGCAUAUGGCCAUUCCGCGUAUUGGAAUUGGCCUUGAUUGCUCGGUUACUCCUCUGCGACAUGGUGGUUUGGUAUUGGUGCAAACCACUGAUUUCUUUUAUCCCCUUGUUGACGAUCCAUACAUGAUGGGAAAAAUUGCAUGUGCCAAUGUUUUAAGUGAUUUAUAUGCUAUGGGAGUAACAGAGUGUGACAAUAUGCUGAUGCUCCUGGGUGUCAGCACCAAAAUGACUGAGAAAGAAAGGGAUGUUGUCAUACCUUUGAUCAUGAGAGGAUUUAAAGACUCAGCUUUAGAAGCUGGUACUACUGUGACUGGGGGACAGACAGUUGUAAAUCCAUGGUGUACAAUAGGGGGAGUUGCUUCCACUGUAGCUCAACCUAAUGAGUACAUUGUUCCAGAUAAUGCUGUUGUCGGUGAUGUUCUUGUUCUGACAAAGCCUUUAGGAACACAGGUUGCUGUAAAUGCUCACCAGUGGCUGGAUCAACCAGAACGUUGGAAUCGCAUAAAGUUAGUUGUAAGCGAAGAGGAUGUGCGUAAAGCUUAUCAUCGUGCAAUGGAUUCUAUGGCUAGACUUAAUCGCAUAGCAAGUAGGCUGAUGCACAAAUAUAAUGCUCAUGGUGCUACAGAUGUUACAGGAUUUGGUUUGCUCGGACAUGCUCAAACAUUGGCUUCCCAUCAGAAAAAUGAAGUAUCCUUUGUCAUCCACAAUCUUCCUGUAAUUGCAAAAAUGGCAGCAGUGGCAAAGGCAUGUGGUAAUAUGUUCCAACUUUUGCAAGGGCACUCUGCUGAAACUUCUGGAGGUUUGUUGAUUUGUUUGCCAAGAGAACAGGCCGCAGCUUAUUGUAAAGAUAUUGAGAAGCAAGAGGGUUACCAAGCCUGGAUUAUUGGAAUUGUAGAGAAAGGUAACAGGACGGCUCGUAUCAUUGAUAAGCCUAGAGUAAUUGAAGUUCCAGCUAAAGAAUAAAAGGCAACAAACUUGAGUCAUAUUGUUUUUAAAUUUGAUAUAUAUUUCUUUACAUUUGACUAGCUGUUAAUUUUCUAACUGGUGUAGUCAUAUGAAUGCCACACAGCUUCUGAGUUCUUCACUUGUUUUUUUAUAAACAUAGCAUUUAGCUUUUAAAAUCUCUUCUAAUGUUAUUUUUUCUAAUAUUUUGGCUCAGUUAUUGCUGUAAUUAUGAAUAAAGUUUAUAUUACUA